AUGAAUUUAUUUCUUAUCUUUUUGGCAUUAAUUCUAUUCCAUGAAAAUUAUAUAUUUGGAUUAGAAACUGAAGAAAUCACGGGUAUUAAUGUAUUAAAAAAAUUAAAAAAAAAUGUACCGGAUUGUGAUCUUCAUGAUUUUGUUAAAAGUGAGAAUGAUUAUAAAUCAUUAACUGAUGAUUUAAAAACACAUUGCACAACAUCAGAGUCAAACAAACAAUUUAGAACAUUAUGUCAUAUGCUUUGUUAUGAACUUACAGUAGCUUGUAAAGUUCCUGCUGAAUCACGUCCAUCAAAAGCUAUAUAUACAACUAAAGUUACUGCUAGUGAACUAUGUGGAACAAAACGAAUAGACAAAACAAAUGAUUGGAUAGCAAAAAAAGUAUUAAAUAGUGAACAAAAACAAAUUAUUAGUUCCAAUGGUUUAUGUACGAAAGUUACGAGUGAUGAAAAUGCACUUCCAUUAGCAAGAUUCUUUUAUAAAAUUGCACCACGUGUUAGAGAAGCUGAUCUUGCAAAACAAAAUAAAGAUAAUACAACUUCAAAUACAGAUAAAAAGACAUUAGCAGAAUCAGUUGUAGGAGCUGUUAAAGAUGCGAAAAAUGCCAUUGCUGAUACAGCACAAGCAGCCAAAGAAAAGACACAAGAAGCACUCAGUAGUGCUAAAAGCAAAGCAAGUGAUGCUGUUGAAACUGUAAAAGCCAAGGCAGGUGAAGUUGUCGAUGCUGUUAAAACCAAGGCAGGUGAUGCCGUUGAUGCUGCAAAAUCCAAGACAGCUGAUGCCGUUGAUGCUGUAAAAACCAAGACAGCUGAAACUGCUGAUGCUGUAAAAACCAAGGCUGGUGAUGCCGUUGAUGCCGUAAAAACCAAGACAGGUGAAACUGCUGAUGCUGUAAAAGCCAAGGCAGGUGAUGCUGUCAAAACUGUGAAAGGCAAGAUAGAUGACGACGAUGCUGCUGAUGAUGAUGACGACACUGUUAAAAGCAAAGCUAGUGAUGCUGUUGAAACUGCAAAAACCAAGGCAGGUGAUGCUGCUGAUGCUGUAAAAACAAAGGCAGGCGAUGCUGUUGAUGCUGUGAAAACCAAGACAGGUAAUGCUGCCAAAACUUUAAAAGACGAGGCAGGUGAUGAUGAUGAUGAUGCUGAAUCAGUGAAAACCAAGGCUGGAGACGCUGCUGAAACUAUUAAAAGCAAAGCUAGUGAUGCUGUCGAAACUGUAAAAGCCAAGGCAGGUGAUGCUGUUGAUGCUGCUAAAACCAAGGCAGGUGAUGCUGUUAAAACUGUAAAAGGCAAAACAGAUGACGACGAUGCUGAUGCUGAUGCUGAUGCUGCUGAUGAUGAUGAAACUGCAAAAGCCAAGACAGGUACUGCUGUUGAUACUGCAAAAGCCAAAGUCAGUGAUGCUGUUGAAACUGCAAAAACCAAGGCAGGUGAUGCUGUCAAAACUGCAAAAGGCAAGACAGAUGACGACGAUGCUGAUGCCGAUGCUGAUAAUGAUGAUGAAACAGCACAAAGCAAGACAGGUGACACUGUUAAAACUGGAAAAAGCAAAACAAGUGAUGAUAAUGAUGAUGAUGACGAAGCUGACACUGACAAAGACAAAGCUGAUGGCACUAGUGGUAAUACGAAAGAUAAAGUAUCUGCAGGUCAAGAUAGUCUUACUAAGAAAACCAACCAAACUGGUAACGCAACUAAAGAUGGUAUCGACAAAGUUAAACAAGCUGGUGAAUUGGUAAGCAAUACAACCAAGCAAGUGGCAAAUAGUACAGUCGAUAAAGCACAAAAAGUAUUAGAUGUAGGUGGAAAUAAGCCUGAUCCUACAGUUAAAAAAGGCCCAACAAAUGACGACGGUGAUGACGAUGAUGAUAAUAAUAAAAAUGCCAAUCAAUCAAAAGACACUGAGCAAAGCAAACAAAUUCCAAAACCAGAUUUAGCAUCCAAAAAAGAUGAAACAAAAGGUGGAAAUUCAACUUCAGGAGCUGUUAUUAAUAAUACCAAUACAGUAGGAGUAUCAGCGGUAAAUAGAACAUUCGAUCUCACAAAUCGAACUAACGUUAACUUGAAUACCACCAAUAAUAAAGAAUCCGGUAAUGAUUCGCUAUCUCUAACUAAAUUAAUUGAAAAAUUUCAUUUAUCACCUUCACAAUUAAUUGAAUUAAUUAAAAAUAGUCCAUUGAAUCCUUUUGGACCUAGCAAAGAUUCAUCUUUGAAUGAUUCUGUAUCUGCUACACCAUUAAUCAAUUUUAAAAAUACCACAAACAUGUCUUGGAUGCUUAAUACUACUGCUCGUCCUUCUUCUUCUUCUUCUUCUUUUUCUUUAGCUAAAAAUUCAACUCCUAUAGCCACUAGUAAAAAUAAAGAGAACAAGACAGUCGAUGUACCACCCAGUAAUAUAAACCCGAAUAAACCUAAAAGUGAUGACGAUGACGAUUAUGAUUCAGCAAAUGCUAAAGAAAAUGAAAAACAAUUAAAAGAACAACAAGUUGCAUCUGAUAAAAAAGAUUUUCAAUCAGCUACUGAUAAAAAAGAUAAACCAGAAGAUGAUGAGCGUAUAUCGCAUGAUGAUUAUGAUGCUGCUAAUAACCCUCGUCCAUCAGUCGACUCAGAUAAUCUACCUGAUAACGACGAAGAUGCUGAAUAUCAAGCUGAUAAUAAAGUUCCAAGUGGAAUGAAUAUUAAACCAGCUGGUGAAGAAAGAGCUCCACCCAAAAAAAUUCAACAAGCAGUUCCUGAUAAACAAAGAGUACCACAAAAAUCAAUACCAAACAGAAAAUAUGUUUCUGAUGAUGAAGGAUGGUCAGGCAAUUUUAUAACUUAUUUUCUUCUUUUUACUGUAUUCGUUGUUGUUGGUUAUUUGGUAUUACAUAAUAAGAAUAAGGUAUUGGGUUUAUUAAUUGAAGGAUGUAGACGAAAUCGUUCAUCACAUGGACGUCGUACUGGUAGCAAUUCGGGUUCAACACGUUAUCAACGUCGUCGUGCAAAUGGAUCACGUACUGGUAGUCGUCCAUCUACUCGUGGUUAUGAAAAAUUAAAAAAUAUCAAUGAUGUUAUUAAUAUUGAUGAUACAAAUCCUAUCUCGGACAAAGAAGCUAUUAUUCUUAAAACUUAA